UUUUGGAAGUAUGAAAUCGGCACGGUUGAUGGUGUCGAGCAUUUAACAUGAAAGAACCGAAAUGGACAGGUGUUCUGUUAAAACUAUAAGUUCUAAAUGAAUAAAAUACCGUUUAUACGUCGCUUAAGGAUAUUUGUAAAGUUUUAAAUAUAUAGAAAUGGCAUCGUCGACGAAAAGAGUGUGGAAACUUCAGGAGUUUGUUGCGCACGGGGCGAGCGUGCACUGCCUCGCUCUAGGGAAGAAGUCGGGAAGGGUGAUGGUGACGGGAGGAGAAGAUAAAAAAGUCAACCUAUGGGCAGUCGGCAAACCCAAUUGCAUAAUGAGUUUGACAGGGCAUACCACUUCUGUAGAAUGUGUCAAGUUCAGCCAUUUAGAAGAUAUGGUCUGUGCCGGAUCUAUGUCGGGGGCGCUGAAGAUCUGGGAUUUAGAAGCUGCCAAAAUUGUACGAACUCUAACGGGACAUAAAUCUAAUGUAAAGUGCUUAGAUUUUCAUCCUUAUGGCGAUUUUAUUGCUUCUGGUUCUCUGGAUACAAACAUUAAGUUAUGGGAUAUCAGAAGGAAAGGCUGUAUAUAUACUUAUAAGGGUCAUAGCAAAACAGUUAAUAGUUUAAAAUUCAGUCCAGAUGGAAGAUGGAUUGCAUCAGGUGGUGAUGAUGGGACUGUUAAGUUGUGGGACCUUCCUGCCGGGAAAAUGCUGAAUGAAUUUCGAGGCCACACGGGUUCCGUCGGUGAUGUGGAUUUCCAUCCAAACGAAUUCCUUCUUGCCAGUGGAAGCUCAGACAGAACAGUAAAAUUUUGGGAUCUUGAAAGCUUUCAAUUGGUCACUUCUACGGAAGGGGAUUCUGCUCCUGUUAGAUGUAUAUAUUUCAAUCCUGAAGGCGAAUGUUUAUUUAGUGGUGCUCAAGAUUUAUUAAAGGUUUACGGUUGGGAACCCGCACGUACAUUUGACACUCUAGUCAUGGGAUGGGGUAAAGUCACUGAUAUAGCAGCAUCUCAGAAUCAAUUGAUUGCUGGAGCUUUCUCUUUAACCAGUGUAUCAGUUUACGUGGUAGAUUUGAAGAGAGUUCAGCCAUUUGGUCAAAUGGGACCUUCCGUAGUUAUCACACCUUCUCCCUUUUCACCUGGAGGACAUUUCCGGAAGAGUUUCGUGAAAAAUAGACAUUCCAGAAAAUCUCAAGUUGAAGUAAAAGUAGCUGAAGAAGACUCUUCAACGCCAGACGAACAGUCAGACGAUGCUGCGUCAUCUGCUGACAUCAAAGAUCAGCACGAUUACAAUGAAAUUUUCCAUCCUAGGAGAGAAUUGACUCGAACCCCUCCAAAGGUGGAACCGUUUCCGUCACCUCCAGAGGAUUUAAAUAAUCAGACGAGCGAUGUGCAGAAUGUUAGCGUUUCUGACAACAAACUUCCACCAUUUGUUCCUCCCGUGGAGAUGCCAAACCUUUUGCCAAAUAAAGAAAAGAAGAUUUCAUUAGUUACUACCGCAUCCAUGUCAGUCGGUCACUCAGCAUUAAAUUUAACUUACACAAAAAUACCAGAUCAGAAAAUAGUUCAGAAUGUUUGUAAUCCUCCAAUUACUGUAACAACUGUAAAGCCUUUGGAAAAACAUUCUAUCAUGAGACACAACAUCAAGACUUUUGACUCUUCCACCAUCUCUGUCGUUAGACCCGUACCAAUAGUGGAAAAAGAAGUCAAACCUCAGAGAGCAAUAAUACAUCCCGAGAGGCAGGUGGUGCCGAAUUUCAUCGACUUCAUUCCUGACCAGAGGGAGAGACCUGCAGGUCUUGAUUUAGAAGAAUUUCUUCCUAAACACCUUCAAAAUUCAUUUCACCAUGGCGUACAGACCGAACACAAGAUGUCCGAGGCUGAGGCCAUGUCUGUUAUAAUUGGCGGACACCAAUCAAUGAUGACAGCAAUGACAUAUCGAAAGAAAAACUUGCAGAUAAUUCUUGCCCAGUGGAAAACCAAAGGCAUUAAAAAUGCCUUAGAAUCUGCCAUUCACUUGAACGAUUCAUCAAUACUGGUAGACAUUUUAAAUGUUGUGACUCUCAGGCCGUCCAUGUGGAACUUGGACAUGUGUCAGAUUUUACUUCCCGUGAUAUCAAAUUUACUGCAGAGUAAAUAUGAAGCCAUGUCUUCGACCAGUCAAUCUAAAAACUGGAAGCAAGCCGAGCAAUAUCGUGGAAAUAAGUUGUGGGACCUUCCUGCCGGGAAAAUGCUGAAUGAAUUUCGAGGCCACACGGGUUCCGUCGGUGAUGUGGAUUUCCAUCCAAACGAAUUCCUUCUUGCCAGUGGAAGCUCAGACAGAACAGUAAAAUUUUGGGAUCUUGAAAGCUUUCAAUUGGUCACUUCUACGGAAGGGGAUUCUGCUCCUGUUAGAUGUAUAUAUUUCAAUCCUGAAGGCGAAUGUUUAUUUAGUGGUGCUCAAGAUUUAUUAAAGGUUUACGGUUGGGAACCCGCACGUACAUUUGACACUCUAGUCAUGGGAUGGGGUAAAGUCACUGAUAUAGCAGCAUCUCAGAAUCAAUUGAUUGCUGGAGCUUUCUCUUUAACCAGUGUAUCAGUUUACGUGGUAGAUUUGAAGAGAGUUCAGCCAUUUGGUCAAAUGGGACCUUCCGUAGUUAUCACACCUUCUCCCUUUUCACCUGGAGGACAUUUCCGGAAGAGUUUCGUGAAAAAUAGACAUUCCAGAAAAUCUCAAGUUGAAGUAAAAGUAGCUGAAGAAGACUCUUCAACGCCAGACGAACAGUCAGACGAUGCUGCGUCAUCUGCUGACAUCAAAGAUCAGCACGAUUACAAUGAAAUUUUCCAUCCUAGGAGAGAAUUGACUCGAACCCCUCCAAAGGUGGAACCGUUUCCGUCACCUCCAGAGGAUUUAAAUAAUCAGACGAGCGAUGUGCAGAAUGUUAGCGUUUCUGACAACAAACUUCCACCAUUUGUUCCUCCCGUGGAGAUGCCAAACCUUUUGCCAAAUAAAGAAAAGAAGAUUUCAUUAGUUACUACCGCAUCCAUGUCAGUCGGUCACUCAGCAUUAAAUUUAACUUACACAAAAAUACCAGAUCAGAAAAUAGUUCAGAAUGUUUGUAAUCCUCCAAUUACUGUAACAACUGUAAAGCCUUUGGAAAAACAUUCUAUCAUGAGACACAACAUCAAGACUUUUGACUCUUCCACCAUCUCUGUCGUUAGACCCGUACCAAUAGUGGAAAAAGAAGUCAAACCUCAGAGAGCAAUAAUACAUCCCGAGAGGCAGGUGGUGCCGAAUUUCAUCGACUUCAUUCCUGACCAGAGGGAGAGACCUGCAGGUCUUGAUUUAGAAGAAUUUCUUCCUAAACACCUUCAAAAUUCAUUUCACCAUGGCGUACAGACCGAACACAAGAUGUCCGAGGCUGAGGCCAUGUCUGUUAUAAUUGGCGGACACCAAUCAAUGAUGACAGCAAUGACAUAUCGAAAGAAAAACUUGCAGAUAAUUCUUGCCCAGUGGAAAACCAAAGGCAUUAAAAAUGCCUUAGAAUCUGCCAUUCACUUGAACGAUUCAUCAAUACUGGUAGACAUUUUAAAUGUUGUGACUCUCAGGCCGUCCAUGUGGAACUUGGACAUGUGUCAGAUUUUACUUCCCGUGAUAUCGAAUUUACUGCAGAGUAAAUAUGAAGCGCAUAUGACUGUGGGAUGUGCAGGACUGAAGCUCAUCUUGAAAAAUUUUGCAGUGGUUAUCAAAACAAACAUAACUGCUCCUCCAGGGGUGGGAGUGGACAUCACGAGAGAAGAGAGGUAUAACAAGUGUAUGAGUUGUUAUAACCAACUUCUGUCGAUACGUGCCUUUAUACUAAAACGCCAGACGUUGCAGGGAAAGUUGGGACAGUCUUUUCGCGAACUCCACAUUCUCAUGAGAAGCUUAGAAUAAUUUGUGUAAAAAGUUAUCCACGGAUGCAAGAGAAAGGAGGCCUUCUUGUGUCCGAAGGCCCAGUUCCUUUCAGUUAAUACUCCGCUGAUUCGUCGGUAGGUUUUUUAUAUAUUUUCCCUGAGGGAAAACUUGUACAGAUCUCCAGUUUUCCGGGAGGUUUCGAGAUUGCCGUCGUCGUUGGUCCUAACGUUCGCGUUUCCUCUCGAUGGACCUGCGACCGGUUCGUCCACGAGAGAGCAAAAUCUUUCGACUUUGUUUUUCUUACUGUGAUAGUAUUUGCCUUUGAGAAUUUGUAUAUCAAAAAUCCUAAGUGUACCGUGUUGUUUUUCAUUCCAUUACAGAAUGUACCAUUGCCUCAAACUUUCAUGGUUUUGUAAAAUUAGAAAAUAUUCCAAUAAGAGAUCAUUCACUGCCCCCUAUACUCCUCUAAAGGAAUAAGAUGUAAAAGUGCAUUGCAGUGUGGUAUAUGUAUAAAGAGAACUUUUUAUUGUAAAUAUAAUGAAGAUCAAAUGAACUAAUGCAUGAAUUAAUUACUUCUUAUGUAGAGUAACUGCUGAAUGUAUUUAUUGUUUAACAAAUUGUGUGCAAUAGUACCAAAAUGCCAAGGUGGUGGCAGGUUGCUCAAACGACUCCGUUUAUCACAAAAGUGCCACUCAACUUUGAGUUCCCGGAGCAGCUUCUAAGUUCUUCGUUGGCGAGACGGUUCGGCCAGCGGGCACAUCUCCGACCGUGCCCACUAACGUAAGCGAGUGACUGCGAGUGAAUGUAUCUCGUGUUAAUUUAGCAUAUUAAAAUAUUUUAGUUUAUUA